AUGUGUCCAGUUUGCUCGUGUGCGUUUGUCGGUUGCCUUGAGCCGCUGCCUUCUCAGACCGGCCAAAAACACGAUCUGACCUCCCUCCUGAUCGGUUGCCAAGCUCAACUGGCCGGUCUGCCCAGCAGCUGCGCAGGCUCUACUGAUGCCAUCCGUACAGUCUACCAGACCGCGUCAGAACGAUGCGCCUGUGCCCAGCCAAAGUGGACCUCAAUGGCUAGGUCCUGUCGACAUUUGCGCACCAGGCCAGUACGCAUUCUACAGAGCAGAGGUACUGUUGUCGAGCCGAUCUCGAAACUCAAACGGCAGCAGGAACCUUCGCGCUUUACAUUUUCCGCUCAAUCUCUCUUCCGACAUGAUUCUUUCCAGCUCUACUCAAGCCGGUCCGGUCUGAUCUGA